AUGGACUGGUUGGUGGGCUGUGUGGCGCUGGUCCACCUUGUUGUGGCACCAUAUACGAAGGUAGAAGAGAGUUUCAAUCUCCAGGCUUGUCAUGAUCUACUCUAUCAUGGAAUACACCUCAGCCAGUAUGACCACUUAGAAUUCCCAGGUGUUGUGCCAAGGACCUUUGUAGGACCACUUGUCGUUUCUGCAAUUGCUUACCCAAUUGUGGCCAUUAUUAAGCUUCUUGGCCUUUCAAAGUUUUUAGCCCAGUAUAUUGUGCGAGGAGUACUAGGGCUUCUGGUAAUCUUGGCUUGGCGCCGUUUCCGAAAACAACUGCAGGAGAGCUUUGGCCCGUCUGUUACCUUCUGGUUCACCCUCAUCACUGCUUCCCAAUUUCACUUCAUGUAUUAUCUAAGUCGCCCACUACCCAAUACCUUUGCCCUUGCUAUAG